GCCAUGUUGGAGAGGGCGGCAGCAGCAGCAGAGUUAGCAUAACCAAACUGAAUUUGCACUAGUGGUUAUUUGUUAACUCGAUAGAAAUCAUCAUCAUCAUCAUCAUCAUCAAUGAGGCCGCUCGUUGUGCUUGGCCUGGUCCUCGUGCUCGCAGCAGGGGUCGCGCUGGACGGCGUCGACGGCGCCGGGGAGUGCGGGAGGGCCUCCGCUGACCGAGUGGCGCUGCGGCUGGCGCCGUGCGUCUCGGCGGCCGACGACCCGCAGUCGACGCCGACGAGCAGCUGCUGCUCGGCCGUGCACACCAUCGGGCAGAGCCCCAGCUGCCUCUGCGCCGUCAUGCUGUCCGGCACCGCCAGGGCCGCCGGGAUCAAGCCGGAGGUCGCCAUUACCAUCCCCAAGCGCUGCAACAUGGCCGAUCGCCCCGUCGGCUACAAGUGCGGAGACUACACGCUGCCCUGACGACCUCGUGAGUGAGGCCACCGCGCUGGUAAUUAAUAAAGAGAUGGACGCCAAGGAAAGGCUUUGUGUUGGAAUAAUCGAGUCUGCGCGAACCAUGAACGUGGACGAGGGGCUCUAGCCCUAUCACACUGGACUGUGCUUGUAUCGUAAUUGUGUUCCACUUCGUCUAAAAUUAAUAAGAAUGAAUGUGUUGCUUAUCAAGCCCAUUACAGGCCAUAGCCGGGGGAAAAUGGUGUUAUGUUGAAGAGGCCCAUGAAACCCAAAAAUAUUUCUUGUCCA